CCAACUAAUAAAAGAAUCGUUCCACUCACCCAAGAUUUUGUCAGGUUUCUAUGUUUUGAACACUUUUCUACUUAAUCCAAUCACACACUACUCUUUCUACCUAUAAAUUAACCAGGGAAAUCCGGUCAUAUCGAACAAAAUCAAGAGCAUCAUCAUCCACCUCUAACAGAUUCUCUCUGUACAUCGCUAAAAAAAUGCUGCGAUUAUCAAUCCGACGAGUGAGACCUUUGAAUCCUCAAAUAUUUGCCCUAAAAAAUUGUAAUCUCUCUACCGCUACUGAGCAGUCUGUGAGACACAGCGAUCCUCUGAAAGUCCCAAACCUAAUCGGAGGCAGCUUUGUAAACUCACAAUCAUCUGAUUUUAUUGAUGUUAUAAACCCAGCAACACAGCAAGUUGUUUCUCAGUUACCCUUGACAAAACAUGAGGAGUUUAAAGCUGCAGUAUCUGCAGCCAAACAAGCUUUUCCAUCAUGGCGUAACACACCAAUCACCACCAGACAACGUGUCAUGUUAAAGCUUCAAGAACUUAUCAGAAGAGACAUGGAUAAGCUUGCCAUGAACAUUACUACAGAGCAAGGAAAGACAUUGAAGGAUGCACAGGGUGAUGUGUUUCGUGGACUAGAGGUUGUGGAACAUGCAAGUGGCAUGGCAUCUUUACAAAUGGGAGAAUUUGCUUCAAACGUAUCUCAUGGAAUUGAUACUUAUAGCAUCAGAGAGCCUCUUGGUGUUUGUGCUGGUAUAUGCCCCUUCAAUUUCCCAGCAAUGAUUCCCUUGUGGAUGUUUCCAGUUGCUGUUACUUGUGGUAACACUUUCGUUCUAAAGCCAUCAGAAAAAGAUCCAGGGGCUUCUAUGAUGCUUGCAGAACUUGCAAUGGAAGCUGGUUUACCAAAUGGUGUUUUGAAUAUUGUUCAUGGCACCAAUGAUAUUGUUAAUGCCAUUUGUGAUGAUGAAGACAUUAAAGCUAUAUCAUUUGUUGGUUCAAACACUGCUGGGAUGCAUAUAUACUCAAGAGCAUCAGCAAAAGGGAAACGUGUUCAGUCAAAUAUGGGAGCUAAAAAUCAUGGAAUUGUGAUGCCUGAUGCAAAUAUUGAUGCUACUUUAAAUGCUUUAGUUGCUGCUGGAUUUGGAGCUGCAGGACAAAGGUGUAUGGCUUUAAGCACUGUAAUCUUUGUUGGAGAUGCAACACAAUGGGAAAAUGAGUUAGUGAAGCGUGCGAAAAACUUAAAAGUAAAUGCAGGAGUAGAACCUGAUGCUGACCUAGGUCCAGUUAUUAGCAAACAGGCAAAAGAACGAGUGUGCAGAUUGAUUCAGAGUGGAGUUGAAAGUGGUGCUAAACUACUGCUUGAUGGAAGAGAUAUUGUGGUUCCAGGAUAUGAACAAGGGAACUUUGUUGGGCCCACAAUCUUGUCUGGUGUUACUGAAGAUAUGGAAUGUUACAAGGAGGAAAUAUUUGGUCCAGUUCUUAUUUGCAUGCAGGCCGACAGCUUGGAAGAAGCCAUAAAUAUUUCCAACAGAAAUAAGUAUGGCAAUGGGGCAGCUAUCUUCACAUCAUCUGGUGUGGCUGCUAGAAAAUUUCAAACUGACAUCGAAGCAGGGCAGGUUGGGAUAAAUGUUCCGAUUCCAGUUCCGUUACCGUUUUUCUCGUUUACGGGGUCGAAGGCGUCAUUUGCUGGUGACCUUAACUUCUACGGGAAGGCAGGGGUUAACUUUUAUACACAGAUCAAGACUGUGACUCAGCAAUGGAAGGAUUUACCGGGUGGUUCGGGUGUUUCACUUGCAAUGCCAACUUCUCAAAAAUCUUCAUAAUUGAAUGUGUUAUUUUUUCAACUUGUUAAAUGUUGUAUGGAUAAAUGGUAUUUAAAUAAGAGUAAUAAAGUAAUCGCAAUAUUUGUCUCUGAGCUAAAGUUUUUCACUUUCUUUAAAAUAGGCACAAAGUUGACAGUGGGAAUUGGCAAAACUGGUCUAUAUUUAAGACAUUUUUCGGAUGUUAAACCAGAUGUACACUUUUUGUGUUCAACUUGGUCUAGUUUGAUGUUGAAUUCAUAAACAAUUGCAGGUUGUUUGCACCUGAAUUGUCAUCAAAAUAAAGUGUUUGUAUGUUAGAGUUUGGGAGGAGCAGG